GGGAGAGAGAGAGAGCGAGCGAGGGGGAGGCAGGAAGAGAGGGGGGCAAACUUUGUGGUCGUGCCGGAGACGUUUUACGGGCUCACCUAAGCAAUCGUGACGACCCCCCGAACAAACCUCCGCGUAAAUUCCCCGCAUCCGCUCGUGGCGGCGAGCGGCGAGGACUCGGCAUCCCCCGAAGCUGUUGAUGCCGGAUAAAGUUUAUGGGCAGCGUGGCAGAGGAGCGAGGAUAAAUACUGGACCGCACAGCCGUCGAUAAACUUACUGGAAGUCUCCCGUCGCCUGCAGCCGCAAUGGGCACCCUGCGCGACCUCCAGUACGCGCUGCAGGAGAAGAUCGAGGAGCUGCGCCAGCGGGACGCGCUCAUCGACGAGCUGGAGCUGGAGCUCGACCAGAAGGACGAGCUCAUACAGAGGCUGCAGAACGAGCUGGACAAAUACCGCUCCGUGAUCAAACCGGCAACCCAGCAGGUCCACAAGCAGAACGAGCUGCACGAGCAGCAGCGGACGAAGCGGCAGGCGAUCUCGGCCGAACCCACCGCCUUCGACAUCCAGGAUCUUAGCCAUGUCACGCUACCUUUCUACCCCAAAAGCCCACAGUCUAAGGAUCUGAUCAAGGAGGCCAUCCUGGACAACGACUUCAUGAAGAACCUGGAGUUAUCGCAGAUCCAGGAGAUCGUGGACUGCAUGUACCCUGUGGAGUAUGGGAAGGACAGCUGUAUCAUUAAGGAGGGCGACGUGGGCUCACUGGUCUACGUCAUGGAAGAUGGAAAGGUGGAGGUGACGAAGGAGAGUUUGAAACUCUGCACAAUGGGGCCGGGAAAGGUGUUUGGAGAACUGGCAAUUCUCUACAACUGCACCAGGACUGCAACUGUCAAAACUCUAACAAAUGUGAAGCUGUGGGCCAUCGACCGACAGUGUUUUCAGACGAUCAUGAUGAGGACGGGCCUCAUCAAGCACACGGAAUAUAUGGAAUUUUUGAAAAGCGUCCCAACGUUCCACGACUUGCAGGAAGACAUUCUCAGCAAGCUUGCAGAUGUUCUCGAGGAGACACAUUAUGAAGAUGGAGAGUACAUCAUCAGACAAGGGGCCAGAGGAGACACCUUCUUCAUCAUCAGUAAAGGAAAGGUUAAUGUGACGAGGGAGGACUUGCCCAACGGAGAGCCCGUCUACCUGCGCAGUCUAGGAAAAGGAGACUGGUUCGGGGAAAAAGCCCUGCAAGGGGAGGACAUCAGGACGGCCAACGUCAUUGCAGCAGAGGCGGUCACCUGUCUGGUGAUUGACAGAGAUUCGUUCAAGCACCUGAUUGGAGGUUUGGAAGACGUUUCCAGUAAAGGCCAUGAGGACGCUGACGCCAAAGCCAAGUACGAGGCAGAGAACGCUUUUUUCUUCAACCUCAACCUUGCCGACUUCAACAUCAUCGACACCCUUGGAGUCGGAGGCUUUGGACGUGUCGAGCUGGUUCAACUCAAGAGCGAUGAGAACAAAACCUUUGCGAUGAAGAUCCUGAAGAAGCGGCACAUCGUCGACACGAGGCAGCAGGAGCACAUUCGUUCAGAGAAGCUCAUCAUGCAGGAGGCCCACUCGGACUUCAUUGUUAGACUCUAUAGAACUUUCAAGGACAGCAAGUACCUCUACAUGCUGAUGGAAGCUUGUUUAGGAGGUGAGCUGUGGACCAUUCUUCGGGACCGGGGUUCAUUCGAGGACUCGACCACCAGGUUUUACACGGCCUGUGUGGUUGAGGCCUUCGCCUACCUGCAUUCCAAAGGCAUCAUCUACAGAGACCUCAAACCAGAGAACCUUAUACUGGACCACAGGGGCUAUGCCAAACUCGUGGACUUUGGAUUUGCCAAAAAGAUUGGGUUUGGGAAAAAGACGUGGACCUUCUGUGGUACGCCGGAGUAUGUAGCACCAGAGAUCAUUCUGAACAAAGGUCACGAUAUCUCAGCCGACUACUGGUCUCUAGGAAUCCUCAUGUUUGAGCUCCUAACUGGCAGCCCCCCAUUCUCUGGCCCCGAUCCCAUGAAGACGUACAACAUCAUCCUGAGAGGCAUCGACAUGAUCGAAUUUCCAAAGAAAAUCACCAAAAAUGCUGCCAACCUAAUCAAAAAGCUAUGCAGGGAUAAUCCUUGUGAAAGACUGGGAAACUUGAAAAACGGUGUCAAAGACAUCCAAAAGCACAAAUGGUUUGAGGGCUUUAACUGGGAAGGCUUGAAGAAGGGGACACUGACGCCUCCUAUUAUCCCUAGUGUCACAUCAGCCAUCGACACAAGUAACUUCGACAGCUUCCCUGAGGACAACGAGGACCCGCCUCCCGACGACACCUCCGGCUGGGACGUUGACUUUUGAAGCCCCGUCCCCUUAAAACCAAAACAAACUCUCCUUUUGUUGGUUCGGAGGCCACGUCGACUCGAGGAUGUGGCUGUGUCAUAAGAAUACUGCAUUAAGAGUGAAAGCGGACGCGGGAAAGAAGAUAAUGGCAAACCCUCUGGGUCACCGAUAUGCCUUCAUUUCACUGUGGCUCUGGAUCAAGCAUUUAUAAUGGGACUGCUGUAGCACUUCUUCAGUGUUGUCUUACGCUAGGUUCUAAGGGAAGGGAAGUGCAGCUAUGCACGCACAUACACACAGCGGCCGAGGCUGGAGCCUGGUUUUCUUACGUUACAGGGAAAAGAGGGUUGGAGAAUUCAAUAGCCUGCGAGUUUUGUUUCUAGGAUAAAAAAAGUGUAUGAAAAGUGCAGCGAUGGGCCGCUCAGAACGCGAGCAGGCCAAUCAUUGAUUCUGUUCUGUGUUGGUUUCUCCUCGUUAUUUGGUCUUCGGGAGGUUAUAAGAUGCUACUGCAGCUGCUCUGUGGUUUUUUCUUUUGACAUGCAGCUCCGAUACUCUCCAGAGAUCUACACACUACAGUUUGCAAGUAAAACUGGUUCAAGUGCUUAAGACUGACCUGAAUGUCACCAGUUUCCUUCCUGUUUAGCAUCCAUGUGUACGGUUAUUAGCAUUUGAGCCUCUCACACGAACACAGCCAGGCUGAAAUCAGAUACUUAGUAAACUUUCUAUGAGAAUAAUCUACCUUGAGAAGCACAAAGGCUUGUGCAUUCAGUGGAAAGACACGUGACUCUUCAAGUGCCCUGCUUCAAAUGUAAUGACUCACACACCGACACACAUGAAAUGUCCGCUAGUAUUUCCAAGAUGUAACAUGUCAUUAUGCAUCCAAGACCAUUAAGUGAGAAGAUCAGCAGCUCAUUUCAAGCUUCAGUAGAUGAAGUCACUCUGUUUUUGUUCUCUAAUAGGCUUUCAAUCAUGCAUAUGAACCUUCCUCUACCUACAAACGUCUUCAUUUCCUUUAGAAAUCACCCGAAUGCCUCUUCCCAUUUUACCAAACCAGGUGUCUUUCUGUUCACGCCUGUACAGUUCUGACAUAACUGUGAACAUGGCUUUGAUGUCUUUGGUGCUGUUAUUGAUAAAUUGAUAUUGCGUUACUGAAAUGACAGUACUAGGUAUUUUUUGUAUAGUAACUUUACGUGCUUGUUUUUUUGUAAUUUAAUUGGUGUCAGUUCGUUUACUUGUUUGAUAUGAUGAUAUCACUUGGCGCCUGCUACGUUGUGCUCAGUGGUAUUCUCUGAACAGGUUGAUCCAUCUUACGUUCACCCAUCCCCUUCUGCUGAGGCACUCUUACUGUAUCCUCACUAUCUUAAGCCUUCCUGGACGUCACACCAUCUUAUAAGUCCUACAGACCAAUAUAGAAAGGAGAUUGUAUUUUGAGAACCUCACAACUUAAUCACCACUCAUUCCCAAAAAUCAGAGCAUUAAAUCAGAAGUAAUGUAAGUGCCUUAAAUCAAUGGCAUAUAAAUUUAGCAUCCUUUUCAAUGCUGCAUGAACACAUAUACACCUCAAAAAAGUAUGUGUCUUCUUGGAUGGCUGCUUGUCACCUUUUGUUUUACCUAAUAAACACCUUAAUCACAAUGGAAGGAGAAAUUCAAGUCAUUUGAUGACUGAAAAAUAUGAAUACAAAGAAGAUUUCUGAUUUAUUACUUUGAUUUAUCCCACAGCAUCAUUCAUUAACUGUAAAACUUUAAAAUAAAAAAAAGAAUUGUGGCUGACACAUGCUUUGCUCUUCACGCGCUACCUAAUUCAGUCAAGUCAACCACAACUGGUCAGAUACACAGACGUUAGAUGCUAUAAAAGUGAUCUUAACAACUCACAAAUACAAGUAAUUUGUUUACCACCGUUGACAAUCUUAAACAGUAUGAUCAUGUUGAUUAUAAGGCAUCAGAAUCCUAAUUUAAAUAAAGCCAAGUGGCUGCACUCAUAUUUCAUUCCAGGAAGCCAAGCACACGCUCACAUUUAAAUUGCAUAAAUUAAAUGAUUAAUGUUGAUGGAAAGCUAAAAAUGAGAGGAAAUCUUAGUUGUGUAGGC